AUGCCUGUACUGGUCGGAUGCCCCGAUAAUGCCUUCUUUACUUUGAAACCGAAGAAUGCCGCUGCUUUGCUAGCCUUCACAGAGGUGGUCGACCAUAUCUUACAGGAACAGCAGCAUAGUGAUCUCCAGGAACGCGUAGCUCGUACUGCCCAGUUUUUAUGGCUAGACUCUAAUGAAAAGGUUGAAUCAAAGCCAGUGGCUCAAUUAAUGAGCCGUCGCCUCAAUACGAUGCCUGGAUCGUCAUCUCCAUUAUCUUCCAUAGAUGGCGAGACAGGAAUGUUUGUUUGGACUGGCGGAUACUUCUUCGACCUUGAGAAGUCAUCAUCUGCUGGUUGGACUCUGGGGCGGCUUGGCCUUCCCUCCGCCAGUAAUACACUUGAUAUUGGUGGAUUGCAAUUUGAAUUCACUUAUACGAACUUCAGCCAAACUGAACAAGCAAAAGUCAUUCUGAGAGAUUACUUGGCACGAGUAUAUGGUGCUGAUUCACAGGCACCGAGCGAGACUAUUUCUGCAACACCAACCCCUGGGUCUACCACAAGUACCCUUGGGCAGUACACCCUGUAUGGAGCACUAGGUGCUGGUUCGUAUGGAUCUGUGCGGCCAGCAGUUAGCAGAUCUGGUGAUGAAAUUUUCGCUAUUAAAACCAUAAUCUCCAGACGAAACUUGGCUUCAGAAUCAAUUCCAACAAUGAGGAGGAUCACCAAGUUACUUGACUCAUCACCUGGCAAGGGUAAUGUCCUUCGCCUUAUCGAGUCUUUCGAGAUUCCUGGAGCCAUGGAUGAGAUCCACCUUGUUCUAUCCCCCUUUACACCUAUUACCCUCGAAAAGCUUCCAGUACAAACGCAGUAG